AUGCACCACCCCAAGCUCUCGCAGCUUGCGCUGACGGAGCUCGUGUACCGGCGGGACCAGGAGGCGUUUGCUCCCUUCGACGACACGGUAGUCCAGUUCAUACGCCCACACCUCAAAACGAAGCCAAGGUUUGUUCCGAUGAGACUCCUAGUUGAAAUAAACGGGAAAUGGCGCGCCGGGCUCGUGGUAAUCUCUGCCCUUGAUAAAGUCGUUGAGAUCCUUGUCACAACCGUGCGUGAGCUACCUUUUAGCAAGGUCACUAUCGCAAGGGCCCUGGCUCGUAGCCUGCAAAUCGAAGUGUCGCACAAACACAUUGUCCUGGUGACUGUACCACCCUUUGCCGCACGGAACGCGCUUGCCUAUAUUACCCUAUACUACCAGCUCCGGUACGUAGAAGAGCUGCUUUUGAGUCCAGGCGAGGCCACCAGAGUCCUGGGUGACAUUGGGCGCGAGGGCUUAUCUGUAUUCCAAGCUGCCUUGGACAGAUUCAAGGCCAUGUAUACGAUACGACCAGUCAACAACACUGCGGUGGUACGGGUUGGCCAUCCAAUGCUGGCGCCGGUGAGGAUGUCAGACGACUGGCCGGACAAUUGGCUUACCGACGAGCGUACAGUUCUUGCGCAGGUACCAGCAUUCCUUGCCGCACAGUACCGCUUGGAGGUGAUACUGCCCGACACCUACAACGUGCUAAAAUUUAAGUCCCCGGACGACGACUCUUUUAAAUCCUACAUCACGCGACGUUGGGUUGACGUUAUCUGCAAACUCUACCCCGGCACAUGUCGCGACAUAACAAAUCUCGAGCUGUAUUAUGAUCUUACUAGUGAGGAGCUGGUGGACGUGGGUGGUACAGUACAAGCCGUAGAGGCAUGUAAUGCGCAAGACGCAGUUCGCUACAUCUUUAUAAGCCUGAGUAUCCACACAUCCAACGAAUCCCACCACGCAAACAUGCUUGUGUUCGAUACACAGACGCGGUUCGUGGAACGCUUCGAGCCCCACGGGCAUCGCGUGUUCAGCUACAAAAUCGACAAGUUGGAGGAUAGCCUUGCUGCGUAUAUGGGCCACCUUGGGUUUCGCUACCUACCUCUAGAGCUGGCCUGUCCCAGAAUCGGCCCUCAGCGUAGGGACACUUUGGACAAUGGGUUCUGCAAUGCCUGGGCUCUGCUGUUUAUCCAUGUGCGGGUCGCGUUUCCCGGACUUGUGGUUGACGAGCUGCACGAGUUCUUCAAUACCGUUUCACGCCACCGGCUACACGGCAUCAUCACAAGGUACGCCGAGGCCAUCAAUCUGUUUAUGAGCGCCUACAGGACCCACUUUGUACAUGGGGCCAGAGUUGUCUUACCCCUUGGUCCGCCACGCGUGUGGGUGAUAGCAGCGUACAGUGGCGACGAUGACACGGUAUUGAUAAAGAGAGGCAACGGAAGGACAAAGACGGUUCCGGUCGGGCAUCUGAUGCUUUCACAUCCGCCCGCAGAGCUUAUGGCGAUGGGCCGGCUGGAAGUAGUACUGCCAGACGUGUACGAGGACUUUGUUGCAUUAGACUCUAAAACAUUAACUUUUUAG